AUCAAUAACCUUUCAAAAUGUAAAAUUUCCUUCCCAAAAUUCCCGAACACCUUCUCAUUUGAUCGUCACAGUAUUACAGAAAUUUUGAGAUGACAUCUCGGGAUAGUGAGUGUGUUAUCUCAUCGACACGAAAACGUACCGAAGAAUCUACACGCAACAGUGUACAAUUAAUCCCUUACCAAAAUGACAUCAGAGGACGAAGUUUGGGUGCAAACCCAAAUCACCGUGACUCCGGAGGAGGAUGCAAUGAUCCGGGAGAUCUCUCACUCGGCGAUCUUGUCGUCGUCACCGGACGUGCCAUUAGACGUCGAAGAUAAGAUUGUAUACAGAAGAGAGUUCAGUCAAAUCCCCUUUCUGGAUACAGACUCGGAAUAUAAGAUCAUAGACAUAAAGCCACCUGUGAGUAUUGACUUGUUCGUGCCUAGACAGGAUGAAGGAAUUCAAACAUACUUGCAAGGGAUUACGGAUGUCCGCAUUUCCCAAGAAUACAAGGACGAAGCGACUCAAACCUUGUACAUGGCCUCGCCCUGUCCACCAUUAGAAUAUUACAGGGACAUUAUGAUGUCGAUGCAAGAAGUGCCGAUGCCGACGAUGAAGACAACUAUGGCAGCGGAAACUAUAAUUAGCUUCCCUCCGGACGCACUAUUGAACGAUGUAGCAGAAGAGCUAUCUGCGAAGAAGAUAAAAGAAGAGGAGCUCGAAGAAUUCACGUCCGAGUUCUCCGACAACGAAAUAGCGAACAUGAUGGUCCCCGACAUUUUGCAAUUUGCUUUAGCACGAGCACUUUGGAUCCUUGAUCCGAGGCUCCACGAAGUGGAAACUUCCGACAAAGAAGUACAAACUAUGAUUAAAUACAACAAUCACACGGACAUUAUGAUCGUCGACUCUGAAACGCAAACAGAUUUGACUUGCGAGCCAAAAGACUCGAAUAGUAAGCUCUUGUCGAACUAUUUCGAGACGAAGAACAUGAUCUUCGAUUAUUUGGAGGAUUGGCUGUCCAAAGGAAUCGACGCCAUAGCGGUCGUCGAUGGAAUAAUGAAUGAAAUCAUCGAUAAAUGUACGGAAAUGAUCAGAUUUCCUAUGAAAGAUGAGACUAUGCAAACUAUAGUGACGUACAAAUUAAGCGGAGAAAAAGAGCAGGAUAUUUUGCGAAGAUUGAGACACGGCAUUGUUGUCGAUCCUAUGGAGGCGACGAUGGUUGUACCGCCAUUGAUAGACGAUUUAUUAGAAUCGGUUUGUCAAAUUGUUUCCGCGAACGCGCCGAAGGCAGUUAAAUGCAUUAUGCCCACUGUGCUGCGGAGAACAAUGAAUAUAAUUGACAAGCUCGAGGAACUUCACACUGAAUUGCAACCGAAACCUUUGGACGACGUGCUGGCAGCAAGAAGAAAGAAGAUCCUCGAUUCGAUGUCGAAAGCGGAAACGGAAACCAUUUCCACUCAGACAACCAUAGGCGGAGUCUCCGAGGUCCAGAAGAUCAAGGACAAAGAGGUCGUGUGCUCCAUUUGCAGACGACCGUCUGUCUGCCAAUACUGUGCAAUAGAAGAAGACGUUCCCCAGGAUCAGCCGAAAAUGCUUCGCACGCAGGAUAUACUACUUGCUUAUAAACCCUGCUACAUUGUUACUACUCUUUCAGAGAAAGAGAAGAGUCAGACACCUCCUCCUCCUCGUCCACCGUUGAAGAAGAUCUUCCCACCAGUGAGGUCUAUUUUAAGCACUUCAAUGCAGUCUUCUAGAGACUCUGGAGAAACUAUGAACGUAUUUCCAGAACCUGACAUGAUGCCACGAGAAUCUGUUAACGAGUGGUCCUACGUUAUCGAUGCAACCUUGAUGAAGCCGGUGUCAAUUGGAGGCAGCCACAGCAGUGCAGGUCGAACAACAAGUUCAUUGAACAAUGCAAAUUCUGCACGUUAUUACCAAUACCCUUGUGCCCGUCCAAAAUUUGUACCUUCGGAAACAGUGAACGCUUUGGAAAUACUGAAGAACACAUUUUGCAGUCAAGAGAACUGCAUAACUUCCUCCCUAGAGGAUAUCAGUAGCUGUAAUCUGUUUAAAAGGAAGAAAGUCGCGUGCGUGGCGUCUUCGUGCAAAAUGUGCAUUAACAGAAGUAGCAGCAGCACAGACACCUGCUGCCUAGAGCAGACCUGCAAGCCUCUUUCGAGACUGCACUUACCUACAACGAAUACCUGCAAUCAAAAUAUGAAAUCGAACGACAACUUCAAAAUCAUUCCCAUAUGUCUCUCGCACACCUCAAGCAGUCAGAGAUGAUUCAAAUAAAUUAUUUGCUUUCUCUUAAACGUUGAACACGUCGAUUGAUUAACUAGAAUUCUAAGAGUCGCAGGAAAUCAAAGGUAUUUAGUUGGUGAGACUGCCUAAUCUAUGGAUCUUUAUGCGGUGUACAAAAAUUUAAUUAAGUUAUUCGUCAAGAACCACGGUUAAAUGAAACAUACUUCUUAUAACAAUUUUAAGAAGCAGGAAACAAUAUCAUAAUAUUCUGAAAUCGUAUUAAUGCACAAAAAGUGAUGCCAUAAAUGAAUGUGCGAACAACGGUGAACGUGCUAAAAGCCAAGAAGAGAUAAAUGCAUCUCCACGUUAUGUAUCACAUGUGUAUUUAUAAAACAGUUGAUACAUAUCACAAUGUAAACAUGACUUUCACUCUCCGCGCCUUAGCUGCAAUUUAUAAAGUGCUUAUAAAUAAAACAACAUUGUAUAAUGAUGAUUUAUGAUCUAAAUUCUAAGUAUCUCGACGUAGUAUGAGCACGAUCAUCGCACUCUUUGUAAGUUCGAGAAUAUUUAUAUGUAUAAUAGCAUUAAAUGAACAAUGAAUGUUGCAAUAAAUUAUUCCGUAUCUCGUUAUAUUAAUGUAAUCAGCGUUCGAGCCGCACGUGGACAGCACAGUAUUCACGCACUUAGAACCCGAAGGCAUAACAAAUAAUUUAUUGGCAGUGCUACGACAUUUCUGACGUCAAGCUACCGUGACCUACAUUGAUUCUACUUAAACGUACGACGCACAAUUUGGCACAAAAUCAAGAAAGGCGGAUAAGAGUAUUUUUCCUUCGUCUCUCAAUAUAUUAUCGCAUCCAAAUUGUCGAAGAAACAUUGAAGAAAAUUUCAACUUUGUACAAACACAUUUCCUUAAACAAGUAAAUUUAAUUAUUCGUA